ACCCCCCCAGUUGCAAGGUCAGACCGGUCCCCUAGUCAGCUGCUAAAAUGCCUUCUUAACUGGCGGAAGGAAGGCAGUCCGAGACCACUUGCAUAGCGUUGGAUGACCAGCAAGCUGUGGGAAACGCUCUUCUUUCACUGAGGCUCGCCAUAUACAUUUCACCUGCUAGUCAAAAUGGAGCCUCUGAUCCCUGGUUGGCAGCAGGACUGAUCGACUCACUGGCCGCCCCCAAGAUGGAGAGAAAACGCCGAAAGAAAUGAACUCGAUAGGAAGAGUAAUAUGAACCAUGUGUGACUCUGGCUUCUGGACCUGAAUUCUGCCCCUGUUUGGACUCAUCACCUGGCAGUUGUGCUUUUGUUCACUUUACUUGCCACAUUAAUGCCCCGAGCUUUGCAGGACUGUUAAGAGGCCACCCUCUGACCUGCCUCACGUCCAGCCAAGCGGGAGAGACAUCAAAGGCCUCUAGAUGGGGUUUAAACUCGGACGUACCAUGGAGACGGUCAGCCCGGGCAUCCUGUGGCUCUCGAUGAUGGCCACUCUGCUGAUUGGCAGGCUGCCAUUGGUGGGGACGGAAAAGGAAGGUGGCCCCUCGUCCGCAGCCUUCUCGGACGGGCCUCAGAGUUCCAACUGCUCCCAGCUCACCCUCAAAGUGGAGUUCUCCACCAGAGUGGUGGAACAUGAGUACAUUGUGGCAUUCAACGGCUACUUCACGGCGAAGGCCCGCAGUCACUUCAUCAGCAGCGCGCUGCGGAACUCGGAGGCGGGCGACUGGCGCAUCGUGCGGCGUGAGAACCCGGCCAGCGACUACCCCAGUGACUUCGAGGUGGUGCAGAUUCGGCAGGCGGCGUGGAACGGCCUCCUCUCGCUGCAGGACCACCCCUAUGUCAAGCGGGUCACGCCCCAGCGCAAGGUCUUCCGCACCCUGAAGAUGGUGGACGCCACAGGGGACUCUGGGAGCUCGUGCAACGACACGCGCUGGACACAGAAGUGGCAGUCGUGGCAGUCGUCUCGGCCGCUGCGGCGCACCAGCCUCUCGCUCGGCUCGGGCUUCUGGCAUGCCACCGGACGCCACUCCAGCCGACGCCUGCUGCGCGCCAUCCCCCGACACGUCGCUCAGAUCCUGCAGGCAGACGUGCUCUGGCAGAUGGGACACACUGGCUCGGGGGUGAAGGUGGCUGUGUUUGACACUGGGCUUAGUGAAAAGCAUCCACACUUUAAGAAUGUCAAGGAGAGAACCAACUGGACCAAUGAAAAGACACUGGAUGAUGGGCUGGGCCAUGGCACCUUUGUGGCAGGAGUCAUCGCCAGCAUGAGGGAAUGCCAGGGCUUCGCCCCCGACUCUGAGCUGCAUAUAUUCAGAGUCUUCACCAACAAUCAGGUGUCAUACACCUCCUGGUUUCUGGAUGCCUUCAACUACGCCAUCCUCAAGAAGAUCGAUGUCCUGAACCUCAGCAUCGGUGGUCCAGACUUCAUGGACCAUCCUUUUGUAGACAAGGUUUGGGAACUAACUGCCAACAGAGUAAUCAUGGUCUCUGCUAUCGGAAAUGAUGGGCCCCUGUAUGGAACUUUGAACAACCCAGCUGAUCAGAUGGAUGUGAUUGGGGUUGGGGGGAUUGACUUUGAGGAUAACAUCGCCAGAUUCUCAUCCCGUGGAAUGACCACCUGGGAGCUGCCAGGCGGGUAUGGCCGGGUGAAGCCCGACAUCGUGACCUACGGUUCUGGGGUGCGUGGCUCUGGCAUGAAGGAGGGCUGCCGCUCACUCUCGGGCACCAGUGUGGCAUCGCCCGUGGUGGCAGGAGCUGUGACCCUACUGGCCAGUACGGUGUUAAACCGGGAGCUUGUGAACCCCGCCAGCAUGAAGCAGGCCCUGAUUGCCUCGGCUCGCCGCAUCCCCGGGGUCAACAUGUUCGAACAGGGCCAUGGCAAACUGGACCUGCUCAGGGCAUACCAGAUCCUUAACAGCUACCGGCCCCAGGCCAGCCUGAGCCCCAGCUACAUUGACCUGACGGAGUGCCCCUACAUGUGGCCUUACUGCUCCCAGCCCAUCUACUAUGGGGGCAUGCCCACCAUCGUCAACGUCACCAUCCUCAACGGCAUGGGUGUCACCGGCAGGAUCGUGGACAAGCCCAUCUGGCAGCCCUACUUGCCCCAGAACGGCGACCACAUCGACGUAGCCGUCUCCUACUCGCCCGUCCUGUGGCCCUGGGCGGGCUAUCUGGCCGUGUCCAUCUCUGUGGCCAAGAAGGCGGCGUCCUGGGAAGGCAUUGCUCAGGGACACAUCAUGGUGACUGUGGCCUCACCAGCAGAGAAUGACUCUGAGGUUGGAGGGGAACUGACCUCCACUGUGAAGUUACCGCUGAGGGUGAAGAUCAUCCCCACGCCGCCCCGCAGUAAGCGGGUGCUGUGGGACCAGUACCACAACCUACGCUACCCUCCUGGCUACUUCCCCCGCGACAACCUGCGCAUGAAGAACGACCCGCUGGACUGGAAUGGAGAUCACAUCCACACCAACUUCAGAGACAUGUACCAGCACCUCAGGAGUAUGGGCUACUUUGUGGAGGUGCUGGGAGCCCCGCUGACAUGCUUUGAUGCCAGUCAGUAUGGUACAUUGCUCAUGGUGGACAGUGAGGAGGAAUAUUUCCCAGAGGAAAUCACUAAACUGCGGCGGGACAUCGAUAACGGGCUGUCACUCAUCGUCUUUGCCGACUGGUACAACACAUCUGUCAUGCGCAAGGUCAAGUUCUACGACGAGAACACCAGGCAAUGGUGGAUGCCGGACACAGGGGGCGCCAACGUGCCAGCUUUGAAUGACCUCAUCUCAGUGUGGGGAAUGGCUUUCAGCGACGGCCUUUACGAGGGAGACUUUAGCAUGGCUGACCAUGACAUGUACUAUGCCUCUGGCUGCAGCAUAGCUCGUUUUCCUGAAGGGGGUACUGUUAUCGCUCAGACCCUGAAGGAUCAAGGACUGGAGGUGCUAAAGCAGGAGACUGCGGUGGUGGACAAUGUUCCCAUACUGGGACUCUACCAAACUCCCUCUGAAGGCGGGGGACGCAUAGCCCUCUACGGAGACUCCAACUGCAUAGACGACAGUCAUCGGCAGAAAGACUGCUUCUGGAUGCUGGACGCCCUGCUGCAGUACACCUCCUACAGCAUGAUCCCGCCCAGCCUCACCCACUCCAAGAGCAGGGUGGCACCCCCUACUGGCACGGAGCAGCCCCUCCCACAGAGACUCGAAGGAAAUCACCUGUAUCGGUACUCUAAGGUGCUGGAGGCUCACCUGGGGGAUCCUAAGCCACGACCACUCCCGGCCUGCCCUCACCUGUCGUGGGCCAAGCCCCAGCCCCUCAACGAGACAGCGCCCAGUAACCUUUGGAAGCACCAGAAGCUGCUGUCGGUGGACCUGGAUAAAGUCGUUCUCCCCAACCCUCGGCCGUACCGGCCCCAGGUCCGACCUCUCUCCCCAGGGGAAAGUGGGGCCUGGGACAUCCCUGGAGGCAUAAUGCCCGGGCGGUACAACCAGGAGGUGGGCCAGACCAUCCCCAUGUUUGCCUUCCUGGGUGCCAUGGUGGUCCUGUCCUUCUUCGUGGUGCAGCUGACCAAAGCCAAAAACAAGCCCAAGCGCCGCAAGCCGCGAGUCAAGCGCCCAACGUACCUGCAACAGCAACAGCAGACCCCGCACACAGGCAAAAAUCCCACAGUGUGAUCGGAGGGGGAGGGGAGGGAAAGGGAACGGUGGGGGCCCCCGCACACCUAACGGACUUGGCCACAAAAACACACGAGAACCUGGACUCCUGGGAGAGAUUCUCCAUACCAAUGUGUGUUUGCUGUAGGGGAAUGUGCAGGGCAGAAAGUGUUCCUAAGAAAUGGUGGGUGGGGAGGGGUGCAUGUGUAGGAGACUCGAGAGCUGUGUGAGACACACUCUUCUCUGCCACAAUGAUGAUGAUUAUGAAGAGGACAUCGACGAUUAUUAUGUUGUUGGAACCAGUGCAGCCUUCAACUGAUGAACACAGGCUAAGGUGUGAUCCCAAGGACAUUGGUGUUCCGUGUCCCCCUCACUGUGGUGGUUGUCCUCUCUCUUGUAAAGAGCCUUUCAUUCCAGGGAGCGAAGAGCAGGCAUUGGGUUGUUGCCUGUCUCGUCUCCCGCUCUUUUUUUAAUUUAUUAUGUAAGUUUGAUCUAAUCUUUCAUGCCCCUGACUCCAGCCCUCGUGUCAAAAAGGAUGUUUGAAAGCUUGGACCUUUUUUAAAUAAGUAGAUCUGCAGAACAUUUGGGAUGUAAUUGCUGUUUUCUUUUUUUUUUUUUUUUUGUACAACAAGGUCAUUUCUGGGUGUCUGUCAUUUUGUUGUUUACCAGUUUUUUUUUUUUGUUUUGUUCUUUUUUUAAAUGAAAUGGUAUUUGCCGAUACAACUUGUAAAUAGAUAA